CUGUUGCCUUGGUACCGACGCUUGUUCUUACAGAUACAACGAUAAUUUUACGUAAUACUGACAAGGUUAUUCAAGAUGAAAAUCGCCGCUUCUUUGUUUCUUGGACUUGCACUAUUUGUGUGUAGUGAAGCAUGUAGCGUUACGGUUGACAAUAAAAGCACGUUUAACGUUGGUUGGCAAUUGACAUUUGCUUGGACAAAUUGGCACGGCAGGGCGCUUUCAAAUAAAAAGGACAGGCACAAUUGCGAUUCCUGCCUCCCCAGAGAUCUCCUUGUAACAUGGAACAACAGGAACUGUAAACUCUACGUCAACUGUAUCGACAACCCAAACGUUGAGGUUAACAUCUACCGCCAGUCUUCUGGACAAUGGGUCAUGAACUUGAGGAACAUGGCGACCGGAGAAACAUCUUACUGUAACAUGCCUGCCCCUUGAUUGACAGGAUGCGUUAUGGUUGGACAUGCUGAAUGCUGAAAUCGUCUUUGUUAACGUAUAAAUAAAAAAUAUAAAUCUGAAUAAAAU